UUUUUAGGCUAGCUAGCUAGAUUAAAGUUAUUGUAACUAUCACUAUUAAGCUGUAGAUAGCUGCAGUAAGUGUAGCUUCCUUCUAGCCAGCCAGUGAUGGUUGAACUAUCUACUUGAGCUUCUCCGAGUCUGGAUAGGGUGCUGGAGCACCAGAGCCUGGAUGGGGGUGCUGGAGCACCCUAAGCACCACCCUGUGUGUGGCCAUGAAUAGCCAAUAUUAAAGUAGCAAGCACACAGCAAAGCGCAUGGUCCGAUUAUUACAGCAAGAGACUCGAUCCAACCUCCUCCAACAACUCUCUCACCAACUGCAACAACUAAGCUGAAAUGGAUCCUCUAGAAGCUGAAGUGUCCAAGUUGAGGCAGCAAAGAAAAAAGCACAGGCAAAAGCAGGACAGUGUAGCCCUUGAAAAUGACCUAGAUUCUGAACUGCUGCUAUGAGACCCAACAAGAGAGGAAAUCAAGCUCAGAGAGUAUAUACCAACGACACAAGUGUGAGAACAACAAGCAAAACGGCUAAGUUUAACACAACUGUGUCUAAAACUAAAAGAAAGCGGGGUAGAGUACCACCGCCUCGUGACACAGUACCUCUUCACACGUCGGCCACUGGUGUGAGCACUGAGCUGGCACAAUAAUUUUGAUAUCUGUUUUUAGAAGACCAAUGUAUUGACCCUGGCUUUGAGUUUGGUGAUGUUCAGCUGUCAGAGACAGAGGAUUCAGUAUCAGAUAAUCAGAUGAGGCUAGAUGACCUGCUCCGGAGCAUUGAUGUGUCCAUCGCAGAUAACCAGCCAAAAUCAGAUUGGCGAAAACGUAUGGAUACCCGCGAGGAGAACUGGGAAGCAUUCCGCAGCAAAUUGUUUGAAGAAGUAGUCAUGUACUCUUCAAUGCCUGCUGAUUCUGCUUGUUUUAUGUGUGGUGACGAAAGUCCUCAAAUUCGAUGUCAUCAGUGCGGCGCUUCACAGUACAUGUGCAAUAUCUGUGAUGUCGUAGCUCAUAAGCACCAGCCUUUGCAUGAUCGUGAAGUGUGGUAUGAUGGUAUACUUUCUACUCAAAGGGUAUGCAUUCCGUUCAGCAUUCCAUGGAGAUGUCCUCUUUGUAGUAUCGGAACAGUGACGGUUUGUCCCAGAGAGUCAAAAAGGAUUGUAGUGAAUUUAAGAGGACGCUAUGACUUGAAUGAUGUUCUUCCGAUUUGUGACAACUGUGGACAAGAAAUCCACUUAGAAACGCCCCAUGAUGUAAUAAGAGAGCAAUAUUGGCCUGGUAAUCCUGCACGAAAAUCAGCACACAUCUUUGAUACUGAUUUGUUCCUCUUUUACGAUCUGUUGAAGAAACAUAAUCCUGGUUUGUCUGAAGUGGGUUUUCUGAGAACACUAGAGCAAUUUUCUUUGUCGAAAGGACGAGUCGGAUCACUAAAUCCUGCAACAUUUGGAAAGGCUUUCCGGGAGUGGCGCUACAGCAAGUUCUCUAUUGGUGAACUAAAGCAUUCUCCACUAUUUGAUUGUCCGUGCUGCACACCAGAACAGCAUUCUGUUCAUUUUGAUGGUAACAAAAAACUCUACAGAUAUAGCAAAGUCCCCAGAGGCUCGAACACUCAGUAUUACGAUGGAUUCAUUGUGCAAAACGAAGAGGUAGAUACGCAUAUAGAUGUGCUGGGAUACUUUGGUGAGAAGACGAUAGAAAGUUCUGGAUUGUGUGGAACUACUCGCUGGAAAGCUGCCAAAGCUAUCUCGAAGACAAUGGCCAAUCUUGAUGAGACUGGCUUGGAGGUGGCAGGAUGCAGGCAUGCCUUAGCUUUGAAAGCUUUAAACAUGUUCCGAGGAGAGAUAUUUGGAUAUCCUCAUUAUCUCCACACAAAGUACUUUUCUAAAGCGAAGUGUGUUUGGGCCGACGUUAUGUGUCAGUAUUGGCCCUGGGCCAAAUCAAAGGUGAACUCCUGUCCCGAGACUAAAGACGCAAUGUCUUCCCAACCAUGUUUGUCUGUGAUGCACGCUAAAGCUCACUCAUGGCAUUGUCAGGUAUUAUGGGGUGGAAGGUGGCAGCCAAAUUCAGCAGCUGGAGCUGGGGAAGAAAUGGAGCAGCUCUUUAGCUAUCUCAGUCGUUUCAACUUAACAACAAAAUACAUGAAUGCAGCUGGCCGAGAAGAACAGCUAACAGAAGCAGCAAUGUUUUGGAAUGAUAGAAAGAUCAGUAGUCUUCCAAGCUACUUGAAGUGUCGCUUAAACAAGACUCGACGUGAUCUGGGUGAACUCAAAAAAGAAUUGCUUCUCCUUUAAGAUAAAGUUAGUAAGGAUCUGACCCCUGAAUAUUGCGAACAAUGCCGUCAAGAGGUGCAAGAAAUCGCAAGGAGAGAAUGUUCAGGUGGUGAUAUAAUUGAUUGCGAGCAGCAAAGAGUUGACUACUUCCAACUGAAGAUGUCGAACGUCACUGCAAUACAGUUGCAGCCACUGGUUAGAGGAUCUAAUUCAGCAAUGAGUAUUUUAACAGGCAAUGAACAGCUGUAUGCUGAGGCUGAAAAACUUUCUCUUUCAUGUGACUCUCACCACCAGCGACGGAUGUCUGAAUUAAAGAGUACGAUAGUGCAAUCAAAUGCCAUUUCUCCGGAUCAAGUUGAUACCGAGUGUGAACUAGCUGCAGCAAGAGCAGCCACAUGCAAGUUUAAGGAAUGUAUAGAAUUAGGGUACUUAAUAGCUCAAAGGAGGCAUGCCAACAUUCAAAAGCUGUCCAGUAUGUUUAUUAAAUGUGCAUGGUUGUGUUUUAUGUGCAUGAAAUUGUGCAGCUACUAGCAAACAACGGACAAAACUCAGGAAAGCAAUAUCAAAUGACCACAAAAAACUCAAGAAAUUGGCAAAGCAGUACAAUGAUCUCAUACAGCAAUACAACAUGGAACUGCCUCAAGCCAUAGACGAAGACAUUUUAUCAGGGAACUUUCCUUGGUCAUCCCUUUCAAGUCGCUAUUGUGUGUCAGUACAAGAAAAGUACAAAAUUUCUACUGUGUACAACCAAAUUCAGCGACUGAAAGAAGAAGAAUCACUACUACUGUUGGAGAUGACCCAGUACUUAAUGUACUUUAAAAGUUCUGUACCAAAUAAGCUUGAAUGUGAUAUUCAAGGUAUUACAGCUGAUAUUCAGUCUUUAGAUAUAUCCAACGAUGAUGGCCUGUCUUCUAGUGUCACUAGUACAACACCUUCAGCUUGUUCAAACAAAUAUGCAGUCGUAACCAAGAACAAACGAACUUUGGAUGGACUUUUGGCUAUUAAGAGGAGUGGCCUCAGUGAUGCUGCUAAGCACCUCAAUUGUGCUGUUCAAGAGUUUAAGAAUGAACCUACGUUCAGCGAAAAUGACCAGCUUGCAUAUCUCAUGAUAGUGGAAGAUAAUGACUCGGAGAACGAUAGUGAUGAUUAUGAAUAUUGAUAGUUUGAGUAACCAACUGACUGUAUAAAAUUAUGAUACUAAAUUAAUGAAUAAUAAUUAC